ACCCCACGGGCAAACCAUUCACCUGAAAGACGGACUGGUCAAGUUUUAUUGAACGUCUACUUUAGCUCCUCCAAUGAUGUUUUCCAACAUAGAGUAAUUAAGAUAAAUAAACACGUCGCUACAUGGCUUGGUGAAUAUAAAGUGUAAAGAAUUAGGAGCUCCUACCAAACCUGCCGAGUGAAAUCGGCUCAUGGAUCAUGGUUUACACAUGUUUGGCCAUGCAGUCGGACGUGGAGAGUGACCUGGGAGAGCUUGAGGCCCAGCUGGCCAGUAAAGAGAGGGAAUGGAAGGAGCUCCAAGCUGUGAGGGUUCAUCAGCUGGAGAGUUCCCUGAGAAAGGCACAGGAGGAGUGCUCCUCCCUCAGAGAGCGCUACCAGCAAAUGAAGGAUGAUUUCCAGUUCAAUCUGGCUGUCCUGGACGAACGAGACAGAGAGCUGGAGAGAUACGAUGUGGUUACUACCGGAGCUCUGACUGUGGAAAACAACAGACAGGAGGAGGUGAAGCAGCUCCGUCUGCAGGUCACCUGGCUGGAAGAGCAAAGAACCAGAGAGGCCGAGCAGUGGAGGGAGGAGCUCAGACAGAGUCAGCACAGUGCUGCUCAGUACAAGCUGCAGCUGGAGGAGCUCAAACUCUCCAUGGCUGGUGAAAUUCAGAAGCAAAUGGAGAAGAAUGAGAGGAUGAAACUGGAUUUUCAGUGCAGGAUACAAGAGGUGGAGGGAGAGCUGACCCUCCAGAGACAGGAGAUGACAGCAGAAUUCGGCAGCAAGCUGAAACAGCGGGAGCAUCAGUUCAACGUAAAAAUGGACGAGAUGCGAGCUGUGGUGCUCGGUCAUGACCUCAAGGUGAAGCUGCUGUCCAAAGAGGUUGAAAUUCACAGCCAGGCUCAGCUGCAGACUGCAGAAACUCUCAAAUCCACUCAGGAUUUCUGUCAGCAGUUACAAACUCAGCUAAAACAAAAAGAGCAGGAGAUCCAAGACCUCAUGGCUCUCAAGGAAUACAGGAUAAAGACGUUUGAGGAGGAGCUGAAAUUUAUGGAGACCAAACUGAAGAAGGAGGAGGAUGACCACAUGAAGAAAUACGAGGAUGCCAUCAGGGCUCUGAAGGAGUGUAAGGCACAGCUGGAGGUUCAGCGUCAGGGGCACACAGAGGAGCUGCAAACGGCUGAGAAACACAUCAUUAAACAACAGGAGGAUAUGGAGGUUCAAGCUUCACAGGCACACAUCAUACAGAGAGACCAACAGGAGGCCGUGAAGCAGAAAGAUGAGACGAUCUACAGACUUCACACAGAGGUGGAGAAAAUCCGGACAGGCUGGGAUGAUUACAUCAGUCAAGUCUGCCGUGAGAUGGUCUUAAAGGAUACGGAGAUGAUCGCCCUGCAGGAGAGAGAAACCAAACUGAAGGCUGAGCUGGAGAGGAGCAGGGCUGAGAUGAAGGGAUACAAGCAGCAGCUGAGUGCUGGUCUGAAGAGGGAGCAGAUCUUAGAGCAGAGAAGAGUCCAGGCAGAUCUGGAGUGGCAGAGACGCUGUGAGGACGUGAAGGCUGAACUCUACCUCGCUAACGAGCAGCUGAUACAAGACUUGACCCAGGCUAGAGACCAGGCUAAAGCAGAGCUGAAGGAGAAAGAAAAGGAGCUGCAGGACUUGACUGUUCUUCUUCGUUCUGUUAAGACAGAGAGAGACCAGGUAUUACAGGGUCUCACACCAAGAGUCGAUUAUCUAGCAUCAGAAGAGAUCCAUCGUCUUCAGGAGCAGAACGGCGCCCUGCGCGCUGUGGUUAACCAGAUGAGGAAGGAUAUGGAGGGUCUCAGCCAUCUCCCACUCCAUCCACAGACCUCCCCUCCUCAGCGAGUUCAUCAUCCAGCAGCGCCUUCAGGCUCCAAUAACACUCCAAUGGCCUCUGGGCUCCCGGCGCAGUCCACCAAGACUCCCCCUAAAGUCAGCCCAGCAGCUGCAGAUUACACUGAAGCUCUGGAGCAGGAGGUGUCCCUACUGAAGGCUCAGUGCAGGAAGCUCAAAGAGCAGCUAGAGGGCGCUACAGAUAAACCUACAGACGACCUUCCACCUGCAGCCCCAGACAACACACACAUGAAGCUCCAGAGACCCGAGCAAGGUCAAAGGCGUCUGGAGAAAUGUGCCAACACCUCCACCCUACACAAGCAGGAGGUCAAGGUGUCACACGGAGAGUCUGCUCUCACCAGCAUCUCUGAACAGAGUGCUCUGGUGCGACAGCUGCAAGAGGAGAACCUGCAUUUGCGUCAGCAGCAGGCCUCAGCUCUGAUGUCUGCUGGUGUGUUUAAUAAAAGCGACUGUACUCUGUUACACUCAAGGCUGAAGCAGGCAGCGCUCUGUAUCAGCCGUCUGAGCAUCGAGAAACAGCAGCUGAUAAAGAUGGGCAACCGCCUCCGGGCCAAGAUCACCACCGCUGAACUACAGGAAGCAGCAGAGCAACAGAUGGACUCGUCCACAGAGACACAAGGAGAACAACAUGGCCGACUGUCUGCUUUAGAACAGCUGCAGUACCAACUCACCACCCAGGAGCUCCAGUAUGCAUUGAGGCAGAGUACUUCCAUGUCUGCUGAACAAUCGCUCCCUGAAACCAACAGCAGAGGUCCUGCCACAAAGGAAGCUGCCAACCCAUGGAUCCAAGGGCGAAAAACCCUAGACAGGCCUGAGCCCCUCUCAGGUUUAUCCAGGUCUCUGUUGUCGUCGGAGGAGUCACUGCGGUCAUUAAAGGAGCUGUGGGAGAAACUGGACCAAGGACUGAGCCCAUCGAUUUUCUCUGAAGGUGAGCUGAGCAGGACGGAGGUGGCUGAGUCUGGAGGAGCUGAAGUCCAGAUGAUGACGCAGGGUGUCAGCGUUCCUAUCCACAACCACCCACUAACUGAAGGCAAGCAGGGGAGGAAUCCCUCGACAACUCAAUCAAAAACUAACAAAACCCGACAAAGACCUGGAGCCCCUGGAGGCAUCAGCAAGAUCAGAAAUUACAAUCUGAAAGACUGACACACACAUAACAUGUCAUCAUCAGAAUGUUCAUGAGGAGUGCCUUUGAGACAGAGACUACAGGCUCAUAAAAACUUUUUGAAGUGUGAGAAACUGAUUAUGUCACAGUGAUAUCAUCAGAUUGAUCUCAUCUACAUGUUUAUAACAGACAGUCUGCUUUUAUCGAACAGAAAAAAACUAAUUUAAGAUUUCUACAACAACUCCUCUGUAGUCACAUUCUGAUCGGCAUCGGGAAAUAAAAUGUGCAGAGAUUAUUUAACCACAUUUCGGAGUUAAAUAAGAUACAGCUCUGGAGAAAGUGAAGACGCUGCUCCAACGUUUCAUUAAAACAGCAUCUCUACGUGUACUGCACUGAUCAGGUAAUCAGAAAUGUUGUAUACAAUAAAACAAAAAUGUUCAUUUUACUCAAACACCAAUCUCGGAACCCAUCAGCAACCAUCAUCUAACAUCCACCUAAACAGCGCCUGUUUCUCGGACGGAUAGAAAGGCCUAUACUUCUUUUAUUGAAACAGCCCCUUCUGUUAUCUGUUCAAUGUUUUUACCAUUCAUUUAGUGAUACCACAUCUUCAUGUCCACUCAUUCACUGUUAACUCUCAACUUUUAACUAUGCAAUAAAUACAGAAAAUAAAUUCAUUUUCUUUCUUUUUUAAAUCAGUUACCAAUAAUCACCACUAUUGACACCUCUGCAUUGACAGAAGCCAAACAUAUGUUCAAGAAAUGCAUUAUGCAUAUUUAUUUAUUUUAAUAAAAUGCCAUUCUCUCAUUAUAAAAUAUCUCAAAAAUGUGUUUUCUUUGCAUACUAACUCUCCUCAUGUGGAGAUAAGGCUGCAGAGAACAAGCCUUCUGUAAUUUUGCACAUGCACAAGCUAUA